AUCGAGAUCAAAGCAUAGACAAAGCCAAUUCUAAACUAAAGGCUUCCAUUUUGCUGCUAAAUGCGUAAGAAUUUCCAAAAAAAUAACGUCUCAAAUUGGUGUGUACAAACGUGAAUACAAAGUAAAUUCUUAAAAACGCAGUGAAUAACAGUUGAGGAUGGCGGCUAGCGACUCCGGGACGGAUGACUCACUUUAUCCCAUUGCAGUACUGAUUGACGAGUUAAAAAAUGAAGAUGUUCAACUGAGAUUGAAUUCUAUCAAAAAGCUGUCGACAAUAGCACUCGCUUUGGGCGUGGAGCGAACCAGGUCUGAACUCAUCCCGUUCCUAACAGAGACCAUUUACGAUGAAGAUGAAGUGCUUCUUGCUCUCGCUGAACAACUAGGAAACUUCAUUAACCUGGUUGGAGGCUGUGAAUAUGCUCACGUCUUACUGUCACCACUGGAGUCUCUUGCAACAGUUGAAGAGACUGUCGUGCGUGACAAGGCUGUAGCAUCAUUGAGAGCAGUUUCAGCACAUCACUCACCUCAAGCCCUGGAACAGUACUUUGUGCCAUUAGUCCAACGUUUAGCCGGCGGUGACUGGUUUACAUCCAGGGCAUCAGCAUGUGGACUUUUCAGCGUAUGCUACCCCCGUGUAUCGGCACCUGUCAAGGAAGAACUCCGUGGGAACUUCCGCUCGCUGUGUCAAGACGACACGCCGAUGGUGCGUCGCGCGGCGGCGUACAAGCUGGGCGAGUUCGCGAGAGUGGUCGAAGUUGAAUAUGUGAAGAGUGACCUCAUACCGAUGUUCGUUACUUUGGCUCAGGAUGAGCAAGAUUCAGUGCGCCUGCUGGCAGCGGAGGCCUGCGCCGCCGUGGCCGCGCUGCUGCCGCCCGAGGACAUGGAGCAGCUCGUGAUGCCCACCGUGCGUCUGCGCGCCGAGGACGCUUCCUGGAGGGUGCGCUACAUGGUAGCUGAAAAAUUUGUUGAGCUCCAACAAGCUGUAGGACUUGAACUAGCUCGCACCGACCUCGCACAAAUAUUCCAAGCACUUCUUAAGGACACUGAAGCUGAAGUACGAGCUGCAGCUGCAGAGAAAGUUAAGGACUUCUGUAUGAAUCUAGACAAGGCACACCAGGAACAAAUCAUCAUGACUAUGAUACUGCCACAGAUUAAAGAUUUAGUCUGCGACCUCAACCAGCAUGUGAAAUCCGCUCUCGCUUCUAUCAUAAUGGGUCUUAGUCCCAUCGUCGGCAGGCAAAACACUAUUGAGCACCUUUUACCGUUAUUCCUGACGCAAUUGAAAGAUGAAUGUCCAGAAGUCAGGCUUAAUAUUAUUUCAAACCUUGAAUGUGUAAAUGAGGUCAUUGGUAUUCAGCAAUUAGUCCAAUCACUUCUACCAGCAAUCGUUGAACUCGCCGAGGACACAAAAUGGCGCGUCCGUCUCGCCAUAAUUGAACAUAUGCCACUGUUGGCUGGACAACUUGGCCAAGAAUUCUUCGAUGAAAAGCUGACAGGUCUUUGUAUGUCCUGGCUGAUCGACCACGUCUACGCUAUCCGUGAAGCUGCCACAUUAAACUUAAAGAAAUUAGUCGAACAGUACGGAGCAGCAUGGGCUGAAACAAAUGUAAUACCAAAAGUGCUAGCCAUGUCACGUGAACAAAACUAUUUACACAGGAUGACAUAUCUAUUUUGCAUCAAUGUUCUCUCUGAAGUUUGUGGGAAAGAUAUAACGACACGAGUACUUCUGCCUACUGUCUUAUCUAUGGCUGAUGAUAAUGUUGCCAACGUUCGGUUCAAUGUUGCCAAGACUCUACAAAAAAUGGCGCCAUACUUAGACCCCGCUGUGAUCCAGCCGCAAGUAAAACCGGUUUUGGAGAAGUUGAACGUGGAUCCUGAUGUUGAUGUUAAAUAUUUCGCUUCAGAAGCAAUCGCUGGAAUCGCCGGUUAAUUUAUAUUAAUCAUUGCAACUUUUCUAUUUUGUAUUUAUUCCAAAAAACGAUCGUUAUACGAAGCCCUAUACCAACUCGUCAAGUUUCAUUCCAGUGUUAAAAUCAAUAGAGAACACUUCAGGCGGCAUUUAAUUUGCACACUUUAAAAUUGUAAACAAAUUUAAUAUAGAUAAUAAAAAC